AUGCAGAACAUGCAGAACAUGCCGCCAGGCUUCAACCAGAACUUCACGCCAACACCUUCACCUGCGCGUCCUUCGCCGAACCCCAAUGCUAUGACAGGAAUGAUGCAGCAGCAGCAACAGCAACAGCAGCAGCAGCAGCAGCAGCAGCAACAACAACAACAACAGCAGCAGCAGCAGCAGCAGCAGCAGCAGCAGAUGGGCGGCCAGAUGCCGCAACAGAUGGGACAGAUACCGAAUCAGAUGUUUCCCCCGAAUUUGCAAGGACGCAAUUCCAUGGAACAACAAAAAAUGGCUGCGUAUCAAGCUAGACUACAACAACAACUCCAAGCGCAGGGGAAUAUGCAGAACAUGCACCCUGGUAUGCAGCAGAACAUGCAAAUGGCAGCCCAAAUGCAGGCUCAAAACCUGUCUCAGGGAAGAGGCAUGGUGACGAAGCAACCGAUGCAGCCCAUGCCUAAUGGACAGAUGCCGCAAGGGGGCACACGGCCUCAAUCACGACAGCCCAUGGGUCAGGAUCAGUUCAUGAAGAGCUUAUCCAAGUUCAUGCAUUCAAAAGGCUUACCUCUGGAGACAAAUGUCGUCAUUGGCAACCGGCCGGUUAACUUAAUGCACCUUUUCCAGGCUGUUCAGAGUAAGGGUGGUUAUAAGUCCACCACUGCCUCCAACCAAUGGCCUCAUGUAUCCAACGCAAUCGGAUUCCAUCCCGUCCAGAUACCGCAAGCGCCGUCCAUGCUCAAAGAUAUGUACGAAAGGAAUAUCUUACGGUUCGAGGAAUUCUGGACUGCUCAGCAGAACCAGCAGCGGAUGAUGCAGCAGCAGCAACAGGGUAGACAAACCCAACCCGUCCCUAGCGGCCAACCACAACCCUCGCCCGCGAAGCAAAUGUCGCCGCAAGCUCAGGCUUCUCAAGGCAUGAUGCAGGCUGGACAGCCGCAAGCUCCGCAGGCUCCGCAGCAGCCAGUAGCUCAGCUUCACCAGCAGCAGCAUCAGCAACCGAACACCCAGUCGCAACAUCAACAGCAACAUGUGCAGCAACACCAACAGCAGCCGCAAAUUUCACAAUCACCAUUGCCGCAACAGCAGCAGCCGCAGCAACAUACUCCGCAACCACAGCAGCAACCGCAACAGCCAAAGCCACCCCACAUAGGCUCCAUGUCAGGUCAGGCGCAGCUCAAGCAACCAACUUUCGUCGGCCCACAGGGCAUGAACGGGAGCACUGCACACCAAGGCCAGGCACAGUUAGGCCUUGCAACCAGCACGCCGGGACAACAUCGGAAUAGCCUCCCGAGAGGCAUUGAGCCGGUCUUGGGCGUAGGCCAAUUGAAUGCACCUGGGCCGUUCCCAGCUGCAACGCCUGCGCAUGCCGACCAGACCCCACCUCUCCCUACACAGUCCGACGCACUUGCUGGACCCUCACGCUCUUCUGGCAAGACGAACUUGCCAAAGCUUGUUCGUCUUGCGGCAGCUUCAGAUGCAUACCCCGGUGAUGUUCGGCUCCCUCAGCCUGAUGCAUUUGGAGGCUUCAAGCUGGCCCAAGUCGAUAUAAAAGGCAUGGUGAUUGAACAGCUCAAGCCUGAUGUUCCAAGUGUAUGGGAGCUGGGCCUGGUCGAUCUCCAAGCCUUGACGCGCAGUAUCGAGUCGGGAAUUCAUGGUGAAGUGCGCAUGGCGCUCGACACGCUUGCUACUGUUACACAAACUCCACCAAAAGACUCAAAAGACCCCCUCUUCAUUCAGUUGAAGUCGUGUGAGGAGCUUGUUGAAGCACUUGUUGAAUGCGCUGAGGAGCAGCUGGAGCAACUUGCAGAGAACACAGUCGAAGUAUCUGACGACAUACAACUCGCGGCAUACGAAGACCUUGCGCGAGCCUGUUGGGUUGAUCGACUAAACGUUCGCAAACUUCCCGAAUUCGCCACCCCGGAGUAUGAGCUCGACAGAGCCGUAGACCGCUUGACGUGUAUUUUCACAAUCCUACGGAAUCUCUCAUUCGAACCAGAAGCUGAGCCUACACGUACGUCCCCACAACUGCCGUUUGGUCCGCACCAUAAUCAUCAAGUCUUGGCAGACGAGUCUGUCAUUAAACUCGUCUGUGAUAUGAUACGCUAUCUCGGCACUCGGAAUAUGCUGCUCCGGACGCAUGCCAACACGUUGGAAUUCAUGAAGGACGCAAUUACUCUGUUAUCCAACAUUGCAGGUGCAGUGGAAAUCCCAGGGCGCGAGCAAGCGCUCUGCUUGCUGCAUUUCUUGCUUGCUUUCGCACCUGGACCGGGGCCAUCAAUCCGUGACGAUCGACUGUAUUUCCCCCCUUUCGAACCUGCGCUCCAACCAUAUCUCUUCCACGCCGUCGACGCUCUAGCCAAGUUCCUCGCCCGCGAUGAGCCUAAUCGGACAUUUUAUAAGACUAUAUUCGCUCUGGACGCUGGAAGUACGACACCCUAUGAGCUUUUAACCAAGACGUUCGCUCUGGCGAUCUCAGUGGUUCCUAUCCAAUUAUCCGAGGGUCAAUUGAACCGGGCGGUUAUGUCGCCUAAGCUGCGCAUUGCUAUCGAGAAUCGCGCGCCAUUGCUCAUGCAGGGACUGUUGGCUGCAGGGAUCCUAGCAUCUCUGGCACCAAGCUACGAGAGCGGUGUCGCCAGAGCCUGGCUAUCCAACGGGGAUGGUUUUGCAGAGGCGUUAUACUUCCUUGUCCAAGUUCUCAGUCACCAGUACGAACAGUCCGGUGCCGGCCGUGACCAGGACUUUCCCUACAUAGUGGCACUUAGCGUGUCUCUCUUGCGAAAACUGGGGGAACGCGCCUUCGACCCAACCGAUCCUUCAGCACUCCCAGCCAACGCUCUGCCCUCGGCCGAAAGCGUUUUCGGCAUCAUGUCAAUGAAGUCAUCGGAAUGGGCACGGGACGGGAUUAUCCGGGACUUGACGGCGUAUGCCGACCUGCAUCGAUAAGCCGAGGUGUUGUGGCCAAUUAGUGCCUCCUACAUGGCGCAGCCAUGGGCACAUAUGGGGUUUGCGAAGGCUGACAGCGAAGUAGAGUUGGGGAAGAAGAAAAAAAGGCGCGGAUGUACAUCAAUUGUGGUGCGAAUUAUACUUGGCUGACCCAGGUUGUAUCUUGUAUCUCUUGUUGUAAGUUGUUAAAGCGAGUUGUAGGACGACGGCGCAAUGGGUUGUGCACAGGCUCUUUUCUACAGCAUAACCAUCAAAGGCCAGGCUUCGAUAGAACAUACCCUUAAAGUGUUUCAUGUCAUCUACCAUCACAUCACAUGC